AUGACAUCCAGGGAUGGAAAUAUUUGUGGGCCAGAUGGAUGGGCGAUGAGAGGUUCAGCAAAAUUCUCAUCUGUCAACCAGAGUAGUAAUUCGACAACAAAAUUACCUCACUCUGUUCAGCGUCAUCCUGUGCCAUCAUUGACUGUUCUUGGGAGAGAUGCAGAAUUAGACGGAUAUUUAGAUGGUGAUCAUGAACAAACACCAAGUUACUUAAUCGCACAGAAACAUAGACAAUUAUCUCGUUCAGCUCUUCGUUUUAAUACUCCCUUGCCUUCGAUUUUGACUCUAGGAAAUCAGAUGGAUGAAAUACAACAACGUUGCCCAUCCCCACUACCUGCUCCUGUCCCGGAUCUACUUGGGAGUAUUCUAACUGGUCAAGAAGUUUUGAUGACUCCUAGCAGUAGUGUUAGUAUACGAAGAGGUGGAACAUUACAUGUAAAACGACCGAAUUGCCAAUAUACUUCAUCAUCAUCCCAGUUAUAUAAUGGAACUUCCAAACCAAAGAGUAAUAUUGCUUUCACAAAUGGAUCUGAAAAAAAGGAAAAUGAAAAACUAAAUUUGAAAAAUGAACGAAUCAAUUUUUUGAAUUGUGCCAAUUCUCCUGAGGAAACGGAAGCAGGUAAAUCAUCUUCAAAGCCUGAUAACACAUCGUCUUCCAAGCGCAUCACAUCAUCAUCAAGUCAUCAUUCAGUUGCUUCUAAUGGAGAGAGGCAUUCUUCAUCCACUGUCUCAAGUCAUUCAGUGAAUGACUCUGGUGAUGUCGGUCAUCACAGUAUUGAUGAUAAUGCAGACGGUGAUCUACCACAAAUACCAACUGUAAAAAAUUCCACCCAGAAGCGCAUUAAACUCAAACGUUUUAACUUAAUGGGUCCUAAUUUAAAUGUAGAACCUGAUCCGCAUGGUAGCGGUAAAAAAACAGGACGUAAAAUACAAAUAAAAAAAGUUUUAAACUUGCCUCAUAAUAAGCAAAAGAAAAUUGAGAAGAAGUCAUCAGAAGAUGUCUAUGAUCCUUUUGAUCCUACAGAGGAUGAUGAGGAAGAACAAAACAAUGGAGUGACUGUUGAUAUUUACGAUCCUUUCGAGCCAACUUUGUCAGAUGAAGAAAAAGAAGAAGCACAAGAAAAUUCAUCCUUUUCAACAUUUUCCAAAUUUACAUCUCAUGAGACAAAACAUGUUGAUGAAGAAAGUCAGCCUGUUAUUAAAGUAAAAGAGGAAAAUGAUGAUACAAAGCCACCAAAGUCGCAUUCAAAAUCUGUCGAAAAAGAAGAUUCAGUUUUUACAGAUUUUGAGUUGGACGAACUUCUUGAUAGUAAUUUAGAUGCAGCAAAACCUCCCACCAGACAGUCUCUAAAGCAGUCAAACAAACCUGUAAAACAAGCUGCAUCACCAGAAUUUGACAUGUUUGCUGAGCCAGAAACUCUUGGUGCUGAUGAGGACAAAAGUUCAAAUAUUUUUCCAAGCACUCACACUGAUCCAAGCUCUGCGUGGCGCAAAAAAGUUCGUUCACUAUCUAAUUCUCAAGACACAGCUGUUGUUAAAUUACCAGGAUUCAGUUCUGGUAUAUCUGAUUCUACUCCUGUCCAGUUCAAGAAAUUCAAAGUAAAAAAAUCUGUAGAGACUGUAGAAAAUGUCGACGAUGUUUCUACCGUAGUAUCUGCAACUGCAGAAGACAAUAUUCAAAAAAUCGAGAAGGUAGAUGGCCCAGAAAAAAAUGAAGAAAAUAUUCCAACUUUAGUUGAAGCAGAAGAAGAAAGCAAAAUUACUGAAACAGGUACAACUGAAGAAAGGAUUGUUGAAGAGUCAGCAGUUGCUGAAACAAAGAAAGAUAAAAAAUCUUCGAAAGAUUCUUUGGGACGACACGAGCGAAGUCGUUCUAGAAGUUUGGGGCGAAGGCAUCAAGAAAAGUCUGAUAAAACAAAGCAUCGUUCACACCGUCACUCUUCAAGUUAUUCAAGGGGAAAAUCCAGUAUGUCUCGUUCUGAUGGGAGACAUAGAAGUGGUUCCGGUGGGAGACACAGAAGUCAAUCGGGUGGGAGACACAGGAGUGCUUCUGGUGAGAGACACGAGAGUGGUUCUGGUGGGAGACACAAGAGUGGUUCUGGUGGGAGACACAGGAGUGGUUCUGGUGGGAGACACAAGAGUGGUACUGAUGGAAAAAGCAGAAGUCGCUCCGGUGUGAGACACAGGAGUGGCUCUGGCGGGAGACACAGAAGUCGUUCAGAUUCGAGAAAUAGAAAUCGUUCUAGUUCUCAUAAAAUAAAACACAAACAGAGGAGUAGAACUCCAUCACAACAUCGAAUUAGGAAUGAUCGUUCACAUAAGUCCCACCACAGACAAUCAAAAAGUCCUGUGCAAAAGAAGUUUUCUCGUGAUACAGGUGAUGACAAAGAUGAAUCUGUUAGUAAAAUAAAGAAGGAAUUGUACAGUCAUCCAGUAGAUUCAAACAAAGAAAAAAAACAUAGACAUCACAGUUCUGGUAAUGAUCCAGACGAUCAAAUGAAUGUGAAACAUAUGUCAUCAGAUAAUUUGGAGGAUGAAGUUGUCACAGCAAAGAUGAAACAUCGUGGGAAUAAAAAACAAAAGAAGAAAAAAAAGCAGUUGGAGGAUGAAAAUGAGUUGGUGGAGGAGGUUGAAUUGAAAAAGGAAUUGUCCCCUGUGAGAUAUGAAGAAAAUGAAGUAACAAAUGUCAAAAAGAAGCGUUCGAAGGAUCGUUAUCACCACGAUUCUCAACAUGAAAAUGAAGAAACUAAUGAUAGGGUCAAGAAUCCUAAAACAAAAAAUCGGCAGCGACAUAGUAAAAAUGAUGUCCAUGUGAUAGUUGAUGAUUCUAUGUAUGAGAACGAGAUGUUGAAGGAAGACAUAAAAGAGCGGGAUUCGAGCAAAUCUAAAUCUAGCAAGAAAAAGAAAAGACGAUCAGAAAGAGCCAUCAAAGAAAAAUUUAAAGUCAAAGAGUCAAAAAGAAAAGAAGAUCUAGAUUACACAGAAUCUGAUUACACAGACAGAGAAAAUGAAUUGGAACAACAUGAUGAAGAUUUUUAUAAUGAUGCCAAACAAAGUAUUGCGAAGAGCCAUACAUCUAAAAAAAUGCGCAAUAAUAAAACAAGGGGAAGUCAAUUGAAAUAUCCUGAUGACCAGUCUCACAUUUCAUCACAGCGUAAAAAACAUGAAAAGAAAACUGCUCGACAAAGUCCUGUACAAAUUAGUGAAAAUGAAUUUGAUAAUAAAGAAAGUAGCAUCUUGUAUUCACGAAAAUCAAAGAAAAAGCCUAGAAAAGCAUCUGAUAGCCCAACCAUGAUCACUGUGGAGAAUAUUGCAGAAACAAAAGAAUUUUUUUCAUCUGAGGAAUUGGAGGACAAUCACAAAAAAGAAUCAACUAAAAGACAUAAAUCCCAUAAAAAGCGAAAAUUACAAAAAGAUGUCUUUGACGAGGAAGUAUUGCCCGCCAAAAUUUUCAAGAAAAAGAAAAAACGAAAAGAAAAAGAAUUUGAAGAGGAGUUUGAAGAUAAUGUAAAAGUGAAAUUGAAGAAGAAAAAACAGAAACAAAAAGUUGCAGAAGCUCAGUCAUACGAUGAAGAAAUACAUUUAGAAAAAAGGUCAAAGAAGAAGCGAUCUAGUUUCAAAGAACAUAACAGUGAUGAUAUUAAACCUAAAAAGAGACGACAUAGAUCUCCAACCCCAUCCUAUGAAGAUGAAACUCUGAAGGAAGAUGAACUCCAGUUUGAUAAAGAAAAGAUAAAGAAAAGAAAAAAGAAGAAAAGUAAACACCAGAUAGAUGAUGACCCUUCUGAAGUGAAACAUGUAGAUUUAACAAGAAUGCUGUCGAGUCAUGAAUUAAAUUCAGAUUGUUUGUCUCCGCUACGAACACCUACCCCACCUAAGAAAGAAACAAUGUCUAUUUCCAACAAGGAAGAAAGAUUAGUCCAAGAUCUAGAAGAGAAUGAUCAAGAAUCUGUCCAGCCUUCUACAAAGGCAAAAGAUUCUGGUGAUGAGAUUUAUUCCCCGUUUGAAGCACUGGCACAAUUUGAAGAAGAAACUGAACAGAAUGUCGGAAGACCUGUGUUACCGACUGAUGGAAACGAAAUAUAUUCACCUACCGAAGCAAUACUAAAUGAUGGCUCAGCUGAAGUCACUUCACCUUUGAAUACAGAAUUUCCAUCCGCGAAGGUAGAGGAAGACAAAAAAUCUGAUACGUCAACACCAUUAAGAGAUGAAAGAAGUUCACCCGGUGCUAAUGUUGCGGGAGAACUUCCAACGACUAAUUUGAGGAGUCCGUCUCCAAUGUCCCCGUCUUCUUUAUCUCCUGAAUCAUAUCCUGUUUCACCUGAACCACAAUCUUCUCAGGAAAUCAAGGAAACAUUAAGUUAUGCAGAAGAGUUUCUUGAGCAAUCUAGGAAACGUUGGGAAGAGAGGAAGAAAACGCCUGGAAUUGCUUCUUCUUUCAUGGUUGGUGGCCCAAAGAAAAUAUCCAGUUUUGAUGUGGAGAAAUCAGCAUCACACAGUAAAGUUCAAAAUCAAGAUGAUAAUAAAUUACUCAUUCCAAUCAUCAAUAAUUCUUCUAUAGCCACAGAUAAUUUAUCUAAUGUAGUGGAUGAAUCCAAGACGACAGAACCAAAUUUUCAUUUACAGAACAAUCCAUCAAAUGAAACUCCAGUCACUCCCAUUGUUUCUGAGGAUAUUUUUGCAGAUUCCCCUGUUGUCCUUGAGAAAACAUCGGACAAGGCAACUGAAAAGGAAUCUUUGAAAACUGAAUCACAGCAAGGUGAAGAUAGCAAAAAUAAAUCACAGGAGAUCACGGAAGUAUUGAAAAACACAAAUGUCACAGAUCAUUCUGUGGAGAAUGUUAUUGAACCAGAUCAUUUAAAACAAGAUAAAGAGACGGAUAUUUCUGAUAUUCGCAAAGAUUUGGGAAUUGAUGAAAGCUUGUGGACGAAAGAUGUAGAUGAAAGAAUAGAACAUCUACAUAAACCUCACUCACCUGGAUUGAAGCGACAAUCAAGAAAUAGAUCGAAAUCAAGGUCGCCAAGAAGGAGAAGGUCACGGUCAAGAGAGCGAGAGAGAGAAAAAAAAGAACAGAGGAAGUUAAAAUCAUCAGAAUCUAGAAGUCGAAGAUCAGGUCGUCGAUCACACUCACCUUACAGUAGUAGAAGAAAGCAUUCUAGCAGUCCACAUAAACGAUUUCAAAGAGAAAGGGAUAGAAAAACUCCUGAAAGAAGGCGAAGAUCAAGAUCUCGAGAUAGAUCAAAGCGAUCAAGGUCUCGUUCGAGAACGAGAAAUGAGAGCAACAGGCGUGGGGAGAAGUUGUCUUCUAGAACAAAAUCUCCAGUACGCUCCAAAAGGAAGUCAAGAUCGCCUCAGAGGAUAAGUGCGUUUAAGAGUGCUGCAGAAUCUACAAUAUUUUCUGUCAAACGUAGAGAAAGUCAAACCGAAGACACUGGACCACGACCUAUUGCAACGAUAAGUGGAAGAUUGACUGCUAAUCAUCAUGCAAUGCAAGAUCAUCAUCAUGAAUUAGAAGAUGAAGAUUUUAUCCCUAAAAGUCUAAUACCAAAAUCCAAUCAAUCUUCAAUACUCCGUACACUUGUGGAAAUUCCUACGAACGAAACUGCUUGGAAUUCUUCAAAGACUUCAGCACUUAUUCAAAUAAAUACUGCGCCCGAUACAAAUCUAAAAUCAAUGGAGCAAACGUCAACAUCGAGCAAUAGAACGCUUAUUAACCUAUCUAGUGAGAAAGAGAGUAGCAAUUCACUGGAUGAUAAACUUGCUAAAAUAUCUGCAGGACUUAAACAAGACACAAGGAUAGUGAUUGGGAAAGAAAAUGAGGUAUCUGAGAACAAACCAGACCCAUCUGCUGUGACUUCCUCCACCCCGACACCACCACCACCCCCACCACCAUUGCACAUCACCUCAGAAAAUAAACCUGUGGAAACAAAGAUUCCAGGAUUGUCUUUAUUCAGUGAUUCUAGUGAACAUGAAACUGAUGCUUAUUCACCAACUGAUACACUCGGUGAUGGAUCGGAGUCUAAAACAAAAUCUUCAGACAAGGCAAAGAAAACUGUUUCGUCUCCUAAAGAUAAAUUAGAAGAAGAAAAAUCUGUUCUCAAUCCAACUCAAAUUCUCAAUUUUAUUGGUUUGAAUCCUCAACAGAAAUCAGCAGCACAAAAUGCGAUAUUAAGCAUUGCAGAACUGUCAAAACACCUUCAGCUUGAUAAGUUAAUGAAAUCAGAUAAGAAACAAAAAAGUCAUGUAAAAGAAGAUGAUGGUUUGUCUCCUGUGUCAAUCGAUAAUAUUGAAUCUUCUGCUGUUGAAAUGUAUAAUAAAGGAAAAGAAACAGGACUUCUUAAAAAACUGCAAUUUCAAGAAAGAGUGGUUGAGGAAGCCAAACUUGCCAUCAAGCCAUAUUAUGAGCGUCGGGAGAUUGAUAAAUAUGAAUACAAAGAAAUUAUGAAACGUGCUGUGAACAAGAUCUGCUCAUCUGAGAGCAAUUUGGAAGUGAAUAAUAUCAAAAUAAGAAGACUAAUUAGAAGAUACAUUGAAAAAUACCAACAUAAAAGUACUUAUAAGAAAGAGAAAAUGAGAAGUAAAUUGGAUGAAAAGAUCAAGAAGCCCAGCAAAGCAAUGGAUUCUCCUGAUCGACCAUCCUAUGAGCCGCUCACACCUCCUCACCAGCCAGGACCAAAACAGCCAGGAGAUGGAAUCAAUAAAACUGUUAAUCCACCUUCUCUCCUCAAAAGAGAGCCAAGGAAAAUUGUUACUCUUCCAGAUCUACCACUUCCUCCUCCCCCUCCCCCACCUAGGCCGAGCUACAUGCCAUAAACUGAAAAAUAAAAGGGAUUUCCAACCGUUUUCGGAUAGAUGUUACAAAUACCAACUAAGAAGCAUGCAGUUGCGCCUUCAUAAUGAAGUUUUUUUCAUCUAUCAUAUUUUGGCCUUCAUUUUUGUCGUAUUGAUAAUAUUGUGUGAUUGACAAAGUUGGCAAAGGCCUUGCGGUGGUUGUGACCUACACAACCUGUUUUCACUAAUGAAUUGCUUGAAUUUAGAAAAGUGUAUGCAUGUUGCAUGCCCAGGAAAGAAUAUGAUGACAGACAACUGCGGCUAUGUCGUCAUUACUUUUAAUUUUUAACUCGUGUAUGAUCUACCAUAUUUUUAUGUAAACUCUCUCGAAGAGUUUUGUGGUGUUAUGUUUUUAUCAUUUUCCCCAACUCUUUCUUAUAUAUUGAAUUUGAUUACGUGUUGUAUGUAUGAGGUCGUUUUGCAACAUCAUGAGCCAAAGGCCAAAACUAUUUAUAUGGUCCACACUUGUUCAUGUACCUUGUCUGUAUGUUUAUUCGUAGAUUUAUCAAACAAUGGAUGAUGAAGAGAAAAAAUAAAAUUUGCUUUAUAA